UCUGCUUUAUUUUUUUGCAUGCAAACGCGGCAAAACCAAACUUUUAAUUCAUCUCUUUACGCACCUGUCCCUUUUCUUUAUUCCUACUCUUUAUACACAACCACAUAAUAGACUAGUACAUAGAAAGAGCAAAAUUCACAUUCAACCAUGAGUUCCAUUGGCACAGGGUACGAUGUAUCUGUUUCAACAUAUUCGCCGGAUGGCCGAGUCUUUCAAGUCGAAUAUGCUGGCAAAGCUGUCGAGAACAGCGGAACUGCAAUCGGUAUCCGUGUCAAAGAUGGUGUUGUUUUGGCAGUGGAGAAACUGAUUCAAUCCAAACUCCUUGUUCCUGGCGCCAAUCGUCGUAUCCAGAACGUGGAUCGUCACAUCGGAAUUGCCACUGCUGGUCUCUUGGCAGAUGGACGUCAUAUUGUCAAGCGUGCUCGUGAGGAAGCACAAGCAUGGAGAGACAUCUACAAACGUCCCAUUAACGGGCCCGACAUUGCAAUGCGUGUAGGCGAUUACGUUGCCGCAUAUACCUUGUACUCAAGCGUGCGCCCCUUUGGAAGCAGCACAAUCAUUGCAACAAUGGAUAAUACUGGACCAAAGCUUUACAUGGUGGAACCUUCAGGUCUUUACUGGGGUUAUCACGGAACAGCUAUUGGAAAGGGUCGCCAGGUUGCCAAGACCGAAAUUGAGAAGCUGAAUCUUGAAGAAAUGACUUGUCGUGAGGCUGUGAAGCAUGCUGCACGUAUCAUUUAUAAUGUGCAUGGUGACGCAAAAGACAAGGUGUUUGAGCUUGAGCUGAGCUGGGUUUGCGAAGAAUCUAAAGGUCUGCACCAAUUUGUGCCUAAAGAGAUUGCGGAUGAGGCUGAGCAGUUGGCAAAGGCCGCCCUAGACGAUGACGACGACAUGGAUGAAGAUUAAACAGACCGUGCUUUGUGGGGAAACACCGAAAAGAAAAAGAAAAAGAAAAAAAAACCCCUGAAAGUGCAUGGAUAGCAUGAGAAAGAACAGUUUCGUUGUAUCCAGAUGGCUAAUAAAUUUUAAAAGUAUCAUUUUC